AUGGCGAAGUGGUCCCUAGCCUUGUCGAGUGGUGGUGAUCUUAUCGAUGAUUUGGCUCGUGACUAUGCCGGUCUUCUGAUCUACUGGUGGCUGCAAUUGGACUGGUGGCUGCGACUGUUUCAGGAGUUGGUCGGUCUAGAGCGCUUCCCGGUUUGUGCCGUCGUGGGGAGUAAUAGAGGGGGUGGAGAUAGGGUGCGCCGCCAUUGUGGUUGUGGUGGUGGUGAUGUAUGUGGUGGUGAUGCCUUGGACCCACACUUCUCAAAUGCCCCCACCCCUUCGGGCACACCACCGGCGAGGCCUACCCCAACGACCACCGCCUCACCCUCUACUUCCAGCAACCACCAUAAGCAGCGAAAAUCGACCACCAAAAACUCAUCGACACCACCAACGCCAUUUACGACCACCAAGAAGGAAGGGAAAAAACAAUGUGACUACUUGUAUUGGAUUGAUCCACCCCACACAGAGAAAGAAUUAGAGGCAAAGAUAAAAGCUUUGCUAGGUGAGAAUGGUGGUCUACAUUUGAAGUGUUUAGGUAUGGAAAUAAUCAACCAAGACCUAGCCAAAGAGAACAAUAAGUUGAUAACAGUAGAGGCUAAAGUAGACUCCUACAAAUGGAAGUGGUGGAUUGUAAUAGUUGCAUGCAUCAUUUUUUGGUUAACAAGGAAAAAUGCGAUUCUUGGAAAUGUCAAGUAUUUGCCAUGAAUGUAUUACAUGCUAUGUAUGUAAUGACUAAUUAUGUAAUGAAUGAAGUUAUAAAAUUCCAUGCUAUGCAUUUACGUUUUAAAUGAUA